UUCUGUAUCACAUCUCAAAUUCCAUCCAAUCCUAUAAUCAGAAUUUGUGCCUUUCAUUUCAUCUAAGAUUUUUUUUUUUUGGUUCUACAAUACGAAAUGAUUCGAUGCUUCGCGUUUGUCCCACCACUUGGUGCUCCCAACAUCUGCACCGUCCGCUCUGCAUCUCCACCAUCUGUCAGAAUCUAUGCCUCUUGUGCGUCCGCAUCCUCCUCCUCAUCACGAUCUAGGCGAUCGCUGCUUUCUCUGUCUGUCGUCUCCGUCUCCGCCGCCGUCGCCAUCUCCACUUGUUGUUCUUCUCCGGCGCUCGCUGACUUCUCCGAAAUCCCUAGUUCCGGCGGCGUUAGGGCUUUGGACCUCCGUGUCGGCGACGGUGAAGUCCCCGUCGACGGUGAUGAGGUUGCAAUACAUUACUAUGGGCGAUUGGCUGCGAAACAAGGAUGGAGAUUCGAUUCGACGUAUGAUCACAAAGAUAGCAGUGGCGAGGCUGUUCCCUUCACGUUCAUCCUUGGUUCCGGCAAAGUCAUUCGGGGGAUUGUAACAGCGGUGAAAUCAAUGAGAGUAGGGGGAAUUCGUCGGGUGAUUAUUCCUCCCUCGCAAGGCUACCAGAAUACAUCACAAGAACCUUUGCCACCAAAUUUUUUUGACAGGCAAAGGCUCUUCACCACGAUAUUCAACCCAACUCGACUCGCUAACGGAGAAGGCUCUACCUUGGGAACUCUCAUUUUCGACAUCGAACUUGUCAACCUCAGACACCGCCCCUAGUGCUUAACCUGCUAUCUGUUAUGGCGUUCAUAGCCGUUUGAGCAUUUGCCAUUCGGUUUUGGGCCUAAUUCUUUUCCAGGUUACAGAAUGGGCCAUUCUUGGGCCACCAUAAGGCCCAUAUGUUUCGGUUUGUCCACUGAUGAGGGGUUACCGGUUAUCAAGUUUUCUGUCUAAAGAUCGAUGAUGAAUGGCCCACAUGGACCAACGUGGAGACAGUAGCUAUGGUUUACUUCA